UUUCAAUUAAAUUCAAGAUAUACAGCACAACAAUUCCUACAUAAGUUGCAACCCCUAAGGUGGAGGCAAAAAUGGAAGAUUCAUUGGAGAAUUGGAUUUCUCAAAUGGAUGAAGUGUUGAAUGAAAGUGAUAGGGCAUUUGAUGAGGAAGAGUUCCUAAGAGGGAUCCUUGAGCAUGAAAGGGAACACCCCUCCAACAGCUCCACCAACAGCAGUGUGUCCAUUGAAGAGGCAACAACAAGCCUUAGAGGAAGGAGUGGCACCCUCAAAAGCAACAGCUCCAACUCCAUAAAGUCCUUCAAAACAUCAUGUGCCACAUACCUUCUGUCUUUUGACAACUCAAGUGCUGAACCAAUCACACAUAUUGAACCUUCCCCAAAGGGAUUGGGCUUGGGAUGUUCCAACAAAAGGACUGCAGUGAAAGAAUUGGAAGAAUGGAAGCCCCAACCAAAGAAGAAGAUUAGAAGGUCAUCUGACUCACAACAUCACAUAAUUGCUGAGAGGAAAAGGAGACAGGAACUUACAGGGAGCAUCAUAGCACUUUCAGCCAUAAUUCCUGGCCUCAAAAAGAUGGACAAGGCCUAUGUACUUGGUGAAGCUAUCAAUUACACAAAACAACUUCAAGAGCGAGUUAAAGAGUUGGAAAAUCAAAACAAAGACAAAAGAGUAGAUUCAGCAACACUCGUAAGAAAAUCUCAAAGCAAUGACAAUGGAGAAACGAACACGGAAUCACUGUUUGAGGUUGAAGUAAGAGUAUUAGACGAAGAAGUAUUCAUUGGAAUCCAUUGUGAGAAGCAAAAGGACACAGUUUUCAAAAUACAUGCCUUGCUUGGAAAGCUCCAUCUUUCUGUAAACACUAGCAGCGUGUUACCAUUUGGCUCUUCUACUCUUGUAAUCAACAUUAUUGCUCAGAUGGAUGAGGGAUACAAGAUGACCAUGGAUGAGCUAGUGAAAAAACUUAGAGAAUAUCUUUUGGAAGUGUAUGACAGCAAUAAUGGUCCGUGCUAGUGCAUCAAAGAAGUUAUCGAAUUGUAUAGGAUCGAUGGUGUUUUGAGUUUUUUUUUUUAAUUGAAAAAGAAGGCAUGAAUGUGUUUGUUCUUUUCUGUUUAUGGAAGCUAUUGGUAUCAAAGGAUUUAUAAUUACACAUGCACAAUGUUCGACUAAUUGAAUUAAAUUUAAUUGGUCGGCUUGUUUGUUUAUUGAAAUGCUACAUGUACAUUUCUUAAAAUGUACAUGUCUUAGAUUUAUGUACAUUAGUUUAUUGUCCUUUGGCUAUUGUCGCUUUAUUUAAAUAAUAUUGUUUUUCCUCUUUUUCC